CUUAUGGUAGGCAUCUGUGCUUUGGCACUAGUCGUAGCUUUGGUCAGCAGUUUUCCGACCGCCGGAAAGGCAGUUCCCAAUACUCCAGCAAAUGUGGAACGGUUGGCCCAUCUGGGACAGGAUGAUCUUGCGGAGGAGCUGAGCGGACAGUUCGAGGGCGAUAUGGUGCUGGAUGAGGAACAGUUGAGUGCAGUGCGCGGUAAACGCAAUGGACUGAUCAAUCCGAAUCGCCGUUGGCCUAAUCGCAUUGUUAAGUACUACAUCCAUGAGCCUGACUUCACCCCGGAACAGGUACAACAUAUCGAGCUCGGCGUUCGACUGCUGCAAAGUCAAUCCUGCCUAACGUUCCAACGCGUCACUCCCGACGUUCCCGCCUACAUACGUGUGAUCGGAUCCGGUUCCGGAUGCUUCUCGUCCGUCGGAUACACCGGUGGGGCGCAAAACCUCAACCUCCAACCGAACACCGUUGGUGUCGGUUGCUUCCGCAUCGGUACGGUGGUGCACGAGUUCCUCCACGCGCUCGGGUUCUACCACCAACAGAGCGCUAGCGAUCGGGAUGAGUUCGUCGACAUCAUAUGGGACAACAUCGAGGCUGGCACGGAAAACAACUUCUACAUCUACGACUCUGACACUGUGACGGAUUUCAACGUUCGCUACGACUACGGCAGCGUGAUGCAUUACGGCGCGACGGCCUUCUCCAAGAACGGUGAGCUAACGAUCGUACCGAAGGAUCCGAAUGCCAGCAUCGGGCAACGGGUGAGCAUGAGCGAGCGGGACAUCUCCAAGCUGAACUGGAUGUACGGUUGCCUGAACAAGAAUUAAUCAAUCUAACCCACGCCACAAAAUAUCAACAUUUCUGGUAUG